AUGGAGAACGAUCUGGCAGCGGCCAUGUCGGACGCGGACAGUGUGAGCGGCGCGAGCGAGGGCAGCAUAGGCAGCACGACCAGCAGUCCGGCGGCUGGUGAUAUGGGAGGCGAUUGCGCUGCGAACAAGGGCAUUGGCGACAGCAGCAGCAGCCGCGGCUGCAAGCCACGGGUGCAGCUGCCGGCGAGCUGUGGUCCUCCACGAGCAGGCAUGCCGACUGUGGCGCUCAUCUGGAUUGUCUUUGGAGGGACUGGCCACAUUGGCCGAUCUGUGGUCAAGAGCGCCCUGGCUCACGGUGACCAUGUCGUCAUGGUUGGCCGGACGUUUGAGACGACGCCAGCGGCCAUGCUGGCGAUGGCGACCGCGGCCACCGAGCAUGCUGCCGGAGCGGGUGGAGCGACGGGGGCCGCGUCGUCCUGUCUUGGUCUGCUGUGCGAUGUCCGUUCGCGCGAUUCGGUCAACCGGGUGGUCCGGCGGACGCUGGAACGGUUCGGCCGUAUCGACGUCAUUGCCAACUGCUCGGGCUACGGUGUGGUUGGGGCCUGCGAGGACCAGGACGAGUACGAGCUGCGCAACCAGUUUGAGACCAACUUUAUGGGCACGCUGCACAUUAUGCAGGCGACGCUGCCGGUGCUGCGCCAGCAGCAUGAACAAGACCAGAAGAAGAGGGAGCAGAGGGAGCAGAGGGAGCGGAGAGAGCAGAGCCAGCAGAGCCAGCACCGUCACCGACACACGCAGCCGGGAGGGCGGUACCUGAUCUUCAGCUCGACGUCGGGUGCCCUGGGCGUGCCCGGGCUGGGGCCCUACUGUGCGUCCAAGUAUGCGGUGGAGGGCCUGAUCGAGGCGAUGCAGUACGAGGUGGACCCGUUCAGCAUCAAGGCGACGCUGGUAGAGCCGGGAUAUGUGCGGCGGGAUGACCACUACCAGCCACAGCAGGUUGGUGCUGCUGGCAGUGGCAGGUCGGCGACGGUUGCCAGCAACCCCCUGCCGACGUGGGGUCACUUUCUGAUCAAGCCGCCGAGCGAGCCGUACGCGAACGCGUCAUCGCCGGCCCUGCAUGCGACCCGGCUGGUGCAGUGGCUGGGCGACCGGCAGCCGACGAGCGUGGUGCAGUGCGCAGAGCUGGUCUGGCAGCUGGCUCACUGCGCCUUCCCGCCGCUGCGGCUGCUGCUGGGGAGCUAUGCUAUCGAGAGCAUCCGCGACCGGCUGCGGUCGGUCACCGAGGAGCUAGAGGACUGGAAACACCUCAACUUUCCGGUGCCGUCUGACGCGGCACCGGCAACGACGACGGCGAUGACGGAUGGUGCAGAUGGAGAAGGCGGAGGACCAGAGAGAAAGGCAGCCGAAAAGGAUGCAGACACGAAAGCGAGAGCAGAUUCGGGCGCAACGAGCGCAAUGGGCGCAGCAGACCAGGAUGAGGACAUGGACGAUACAGAGUAG